AUGGAGCCUGAAGACUUUGAUUCUGAGGACAAGGAGAUGUUAAGCUGGGAUAUUAAUGAUAUGAAACUGCCACAGAAUGUGAAAAAGACCGACUGGUUCCAGGAAUGGCCAGAUUCCUAUGAGAAGCACAUCUACAGCUCAGAGGACAGGAAUGCGCAGCGGCACCUGAGCAGCUGGGCCAUGCGCAACACCAACAACCACAACUCACGCAUCCUCAAGAAGUCCUGUCUGGGCGUGGUGGUGUGCAGCCGAGACUGCUCCGCCGAGGAGGGGCGGAAGAUCUACCUGCGACCUGCCAUCUGUGACAAAGCCCGGCAGAAGCAGCAGAGGAAACGCUGUCCCAACUGUGAUGGGCCUCUGAAGCUAAUUCCUUGCCGAGGCCAUGGGGGCUUCCCAGUCACCAACUUCUGGAGGCACGAUGGACGCUUCAUAUUCUUCCAGUCAAAGGGAGAGCACGAUCAUCCAAAACCAGAAACCAAACUGGAAGCCGAGGCAAGAAGAACAAUGAAGAAAGUACACACGGCGUCUGCCUCUGUCCCCUUAAAGCUGAAGGAGAGCCCAGAGACAAAGUCUCUUCCAGGUGAAACCCAAAGUUGGGGAAGUUUACCUUUAACUUGGUCUUUCCAGGAAGGCGUUCAAUUGCCCGGUAGUUACAGUGGACGUUUAAUAGCUAACACUCCCCAGCAGAAGUCACUGAAUGAUUGCUUAUUCUUCUCCAAGAGCUAUUGCUUGGGGGGAACCACUGAUCUGGCAGACACUUCCACCUUGGGCCACACUAAGCUCUAUGAGAAAUGCAAACUGUCCAGUAGUUGGAUCUGUAAUAGUGGGGACCUGCUUCAUCCUGUUUCUGGAGUCUUCUCUGACUACGAUGAUCAGCAAACAUGGAAUAAACACACUGCUUUGGGGAGACAUUCUCUUAAUGACAACUGUUGUCCCAGUUACCCUUUCCCUCUGACCAGCUGGCCUUACGACUUCUCCCCUUCCCAGAACUCUGCAGAACCCUUUCCCCAGCAGAUUCCAGUGGAGCCACCUGCGGCCGAAAGUAGCUGUCACCCCUUAUGGCCAAACCCAGGGGGUGAUCUUUAUGAAGAGAAGAUGCAUGUGGAUUUUAACAGCUGCUACCCUUCUACCACAUGCCACUCACCUCAGGAAGACCCCUUUCUCCUUACCUACACCUCCCAUCCCCACCAUCAGUACUCACUGGCAGGCAAGAGCCGCAAGUGGGAUUUUGAUGAAGAAAUGAGGGGCGUGGGUUUGGAUCACUACAACAGUGAAAUGCUUCUAAACCUCUGUCCUUUAAGAUGA